GCAAGUUGGCUGAUUCAAAGGUUGAAGUAAGAACAUGUCGGAUAGCAACCUCCAAGACGUAAUUCUUACAGCAGCAAUCGUUAAUGGAACUGAUACCAGGCUGGCAGAGGAUGAACUCAGCAGUCCCAUCACAAUGUUUCAAUUUAUUCUCUUUAACUGCUGUGUUGCCAUAUUCGGCUAUUACGUUUGGUUGAUAUUCCCACGUCCGAAGACAAAUGACAACUUGCGGUUAGAGCAACAAGCACGAAGCAAAAUCCGGUGAGAGGGAAUCAGAAAGAAGCUGUAAGAACUUGCAACCUGCCUAUAAAAGAUCUUGCAUAUAUCUAUGAUCACGUACAUAAAGCUUUAACAAUUUUUUGAAUAAAUCUAUCUACUGG